AUCUGCUUGCGCGGGUUAAUGUUAUAUGAGAAAAUUUUUGAUCACUAUUAAUGAUGCACCCGGACAAAUGAAAAGACACCAAUUUGGUAACUGUUGAUGAUAUAAUAUUAGAUUUGUGAUUUCUAUGGACUGUUUAUUUUAUUGUGAAAUAAUACUGUUGUUUUAACCAUAAAAACGGUUAAAAGCGCUUUAAUUGGUCAAUAAUUAUUGACACACCUGUGUAACUGUAGUGAACUCUUGUGGACAAGGCCAAUUGAAUGGCUGAAAUUCAAGUUGGUGUGACAUGUUACAGAUGCUUGAGUAAUUCACAUAAAACAUUGCAGUUGCAAGAGAAGCCACAUGGUCUGAAAAUCAAGACUUGUGGAUAACUGAUCAAUCAAAUUAUUAGGCCCAAUUGAAUGUUGGAAUACAGGAAAUAUUUCUCCAGGGUCACUAGGUUGCGAAGGUGAUGAUAUUUCAGAAAGUUUCCCUGUCCUUUCUGAUUCUAUCAAUAUGGAUUGUGCGUAUGACUUGCGCUUGUCCUACUGGUUGUCAGUGUACUCAGACGGGACGGGGACAGCGAGCGUUCUGCCGCGAAGGAUCGCUGAAAGAAAUAUUAGAAUCGGUGACGAAAGACAUUCAUCAAUUACAUAUGAAGAAAUUAACAAAUCAGCGAGUCUUACAACGAGGUGAUUUUACAAUUCUCAAAGAUUUUGUGAUAACUAAAAUAUUUUUAACGGAAUGUUCCAUAGAAGAUAUUCAGAACAAUGUGUUUGCGGACAUGCCGUCGCUGUCAGAGAUAAGUCUUUCAGAUAACAAUAUCAAUUCUGUAGCCAGUGAUGCCUUUUCAGGACUUCCGAUGUUGCAAAGAUUAGAUCUUUCCCAUAACAGGAUAAGUAAUCUAGGAUCUAUGCUACAGCCAUUAAAGAGUUUGCGAUAUUUAGAUCUAAGUGCGAACUCGUUAAAUAAUCUAAAAACCGGUUGUUUUAAUUCUUUAUCAAAUCUAGUCACCCUAAAACUGGAUGGGAAUCAGCUUCAAAAUAUCAACGGUGAAAUAUUCGAGGGACUUCGACAACUGGACGAACUGAGUCUAAGAAACUGCGACUUGAUGUCCAUUGAUAGUGAUAUAUUCAACAGAGUUCAAGGUAUCUCCAUACUUAAUCUAGGGGACAACCGAAUAAGUUCUCUCCCUUCCUCGUCAGACUUUCUAAAAUUAACAACACUCCGUUAUUUGUAUUUAGAACAUAAUGAAAUAACGACGUUAAUUGAUUCCCAAUUUUCUGGAAUGAAUUUAGAGAAGUUGAAACUCUCUACGAACCGAAUCAAUAAAUUAACGCGUGAAACAUUUAAUUCUCUACAAGUACGUGAACUAGACUUAUCAUAUAAUAUUAUUUACGAUAUUGAAGAUGACUUUCUUCAGCCCACUGCUAAUUAUAUCGAAACUUUAAAUUUAGCAGGAAAUCCCAUACAAAAUUUACCAAACGCCGUUUUUAGUAGUUUGUACAGAAUUUAUACCUUGAAUUUAUCGUCGUGUGGUUUAAAAGAACUUAACGAUGAUCAUUUACGUGAUCUAGAAUCGCUACGAUCUCUGGAUUUAUCACACAAUAACCUUCAACACAUCCCGAAGAAAUCAUUUGUGAUAUUGGAUAAUCUUCAGACAUUACGUAUACAAGAGAACUCGUGGCAUUGUGACUGUAAUAUCAAACCUUUGAAGAAAUGGCUUCAAGAACCUCAAAGUACCAUUAUGAUUUAUUGUGAUCAGACAUUAGAGAGUUUUUCCGAGAGUUGUAAAAAUAUUCGAUGUACCACGCCGGCGGCAUUCUUCAAGAAACCAGUUCUGAGUUUAAGUAAUUCGGAUAUUGAAGAAUGCAUGGCAACGACAAAGGGGAGUUCUUUGUCUGUUAAGACUCAAAUAGCGAUCGUAAUCCCGUGUAUUAUAGUGUCACUCGUUCUCCUGAUCGUUGCAAUCUGUUUGUGGAGACGUGACAAAACGAAAGAAGAACUUCGAAAAGUUUGCGUGCCAGUAGAACAAGAGAGCAGCCAUCUUGACUUUGAGAAAAAGCCCAAACCUUUUGAAAAUUCUGAAGUUCGUUCUCUUAACGAAUCGGAUCGAAGUUUUGUGUUCCGUAACUACUUUCAGACAAUGGUGACCAAUCCCAGCCGCUUGUCGUAUCCGACAAUAUCUCAAAGAGAUGUAGAUAGCGUCUAUUCAUCGCAGCCUUCAUUGUAUAGCUCAUGUAGUCGUGUUCCACAGCAAACCAUUGGUAUAGAAUCAACUGUUUAACUAUAUAUAUAUCACUUGUUUUUUUUAAUACUAUUUCAUUUUUUGAUAUGCAUAUAAACAUGGAAAGACUGGGAGAGGUAAGAAAAAUCCAGUGGAUAAAUUUGAUGAAAUCAAGUAACAAAAAUUGGAAUAUCCAACCCCAACUGUUUAACUUUAUAUAUAUCACUUGUUUUUUUUAAAACUAUUUCAUAAAAAAAUAUUCAUUUGUUGAUAUGCAUAUAAACAUGGAAAGACUGGGAGAGGUAAGAAAAAUCCAGUGAAUAAAUUUGAUGAAAUCAAGCAACAAGAAUUGGAAUAUUCAACCCAUUUGUCAGAUUUUCUUAAAAGUUCCCCCCCC